AUGCCGGCUUAUCUAUACAGUGGCAGGCUGACCAGGAUACUUAGGUUACUUAACCACAAAACCCAGGAAUGGUACUACAACCAGAUCAUUUCACGCUUCCUUGCAUUUUGCACCGAAGCGGGUGAUAGGGACUCAAUCAUACGCAGUUUUGAGGCUCUUGACAUUAGAGCAGUCGAUUCAACCCCUGCUACGCGGUAUACCAAACCUCCACCUGGAUAUGUUCCAGUAUCAGCAGCAACAUCUACGGCAGUAGUGUCAUCAGCGACCUCUUCGACGUUAGCCAGAGAUACUACAGGCAUUCCCAAAGUUACUCAUUUACCAACGCACGAUUCUGUCGCUUCCCUCCCGUCUUCGUUAACAGGCCCAUUGAAGGCUCUCCGUUCGAUCAUUCCUUCCAGCGGCCCAACUACGGCCAUGCUGGCGGCCAUUGAGGAUCCUGAUAACACAAAGUCCUUGCAAGAUGUCCUAAUGGCACUGAGGAAGCUUCGAGAAGGGUUAGUGGCUACGAAGCGAGCUGACCUCUUUUCCAUACAAGCCUACAUCUUCUCCAUUCGCCUAUCCAUUCUUGCCAAGCACCCUGAGUCAUACCACCCAGCAAUUCUGCACCUUCUUCGAUACAUGGCUGUGUGGACUCCCAUGGUCCAAAGUGAAAUUGAAGAAAUUGCUGGUUAUUUCAUGCUGGAUGCCGCGUGUCGGCGUAGGGAUCUGACGGAGGCGUAUUUCAUCAGACAAGACUUCAACAUCAGAAACAAGAAGCUGGAUCAUAUACUCAAAGCGCUGGCACAUGACAACUAUGUCUCGUGGCAGGCUACAAAGCAACAAGUCGACCGUCAUUGCCUCAAGCUAAUGGAGUGGGCGGAUAAUGACAUGAGGCUUCAUACUCUGAAAUGCUUUGGGAGAUCAUAUCUUCAUGUCGACUUGCCGCACUUGGAGUUUUCUGCCGGUCGCAAGUGGAAUGAGCUGAAAGAGAAGGACAAUGUCGGAUGGGAGCUGGAAGAUGAGAAAGUCACUAUCAAACGAGUGAGAACAAGAUGA